AUGCAUGUGCAGGCGGUAACCAAACUCGACUUUCAACCGGAGCGGGGCAUUUACGAUCUACAGAUCAAGAAUGUGUCCUACAAUCGAGACAAUGGACGUUUCGAAUGCCGCAUUAAGGCCAAAGGCACCGGUGCCGAUGUACAUCAGGAGUUUCAUAAUCUCACCGUCCUCACACCUCCCCAUCCACCUGUUAUCUCACCUGGCAACAAUGCCAUUGCCACCGAGGAUAAGCCUAUGGAACUGACCUGCAGCAGCAUUGGUGGCUCACCAGAUCCCACCAUAACUUGGUACCGUGAGGGAUCCAAUUCACCGUUGCCCGCAACCGUGGUGCGUGGUGGCACCAAGGAUCAGCCCACAAAUGCCACACUCAUGAUUACACCACGGCGCGAGGACGAUGGUGCCAAGUACAGGUGUGUGGUGCGAAAUCGCGCUAUGAAUGAGGGCAAACGCCUGGAGGCAACAGCCACCUUGAAUGUCAACUACUAUGCCCGUGUCGAGGUGGGACCUGAGAAUCCACUGCGAGUAGAACGUGACCGCACUGCGAAAUUGGAAUGUAAUGUGGAUGCGAAGCCAAAGGUGCCGAAUGUGCGGUGGACACGCAAUGGCAGCUUCAUUAGCUCCUCCCUGGUGCACACGAUCCAUCGGGUGAGCGUUCAGGAUGCGGGCAAAUAUACGUGCAGUGCCGACAAUGGCCUCGGCAAGGCCGGCGAACAGGAGCUCAUCCUGGACAUACUCUAUCCGCCGACAGUUGUCAUUGAGUCGAAGACCCGUGAAGCGGAGGAGGGUGAAACCGUUAACAUACGUUGCAAUGUCACCGCCAAUCCAGCACCAGUUACCAUCGAAUGGCUUCGGGAAGGUGCUUCAGAUUUUCGCUAUAACGGCGAAGUCUUAACCCUACCCUCGGUGCGGGCGCAGGAUGCGGGCAAUUACAUCUGUCGCGCGGUAAACAUUAUGCAGAGUCAGGGACAGGAGCGCAGUGAGCGUGUGGGCAACUCCACAGUGGCCCUCCUCGUGCGUCACCGUCCUGGCCAGGCUUACAUAACGCCCAACAAGCCCGUUGUGCAUGUUGGUAAUGGUGUGACUCUCACUUGCUCGGCAAAUCCACCAGGUUGGCCGGUGCCACAAUAUCGCUGGUUCCGUGACAUGGACGGCGAGUUCUCCAGUCGUCAGAAGAUUCUGGCCCAAGGACCACAAUACUCUAUACCGAAGGCACAUCUGGGUAACGAGGGAAAGUAUCAUUGUCAUGCCGUUAACGAGCUGGGCAUUGGCAAGAUGGCCACGAUUGUCUUGGAAAUCCAUCAGCCACCCCAGUUUCUGGCCAAGUUGCAACAGCACAUGACACGGCGGGUCAAAGAUGUGGAAUAUGCUGUGACUUGCAGUGCCAAGGGAAAACCUGCACCGAGUAUCAAGUGGUUAAAGGAUGGCGUCGAAAUUCUGCCCGAAUUGAAUCUCUAUGAAGUGAAAACGGAUCCCGAUCAGGGCCCCAAUGGCAUGGUCACCGUUCAGAGCAUGUUGAAGUUUCACGGCAAUGCGAGACCUUCGAGUAAUCAGCUGGUGCCUGGAGAUCGUGGCUUGUACACGUGUCUCUACCAGAACGAGGUGAACUCAGCCAACUCCUCGAUGCAGCUGAGGAUUGAACAUGAACCCAUUGUGCUCCAUCAGUACAACAAGGUGGCCUUUGACAUUCGUGAAACCGCUGAGGUUGUUUGCAAGGUGCAAGCCUAUCCCAAGCCCGAAUUCCAAUGGCAAUUUGGCAAUAAUCCUUCGCCUCUGACCAUGUCCUCCGAUGGACACUACGAGAUUAGCACCACAACGGAUAACAAUGAUAUCUACACAUCGGUGUUGAGGAUUAACUCGCUGACCCACUCGGAUUAUGGUGAAUACACUUGCCGUGUUGUCAACUCCCUGAAUACGAUUCGUGCUCCGAUUCGGCUGCAGCAAAAGGGUCCUCCCGAGAAGCCGACGAAUCUGCGUGCUGUUGAUGUGGGCCACAAUUAUGUGACUCUCAGCUGGGAUCCCGGAUUCGAUGGGGGACUGAGCAAGACGAAGUUCUUUGUCAGUUACCGCAGGGUGGCCAUGCAACAGGAGGAACAAUUGAAUCCCGAUUGUGCCACACUUGCGAAUGCCAACUCCGAUUGGGUUGAGGUCGAUUGCCAGCGUGAUAUACCCUGUAAAGUGACAUCGUUGGAUCAGCAUCAGAGCUAUGCCUUCAAGGUGAAGGCGUUGAAUCCCAAGAACGGAUCACCCUACUCCAAUGAGAUCAUAACUACCACAAAGGUCAGUCGCAUUCCUCCCCCGUUGCAGGUCACCUACGAGCCGACCACACGCACAUUGGGCAUCGAUGUGGGUGCCACAUGCCUCAAUCUGGUGGCUGUUGUGGAGACCAUGUUGCAUGGAGAUACACCAAUGGCUGCCUGGGAAGUGGUUGACACUUUGGAGAAUCUACAGCUCUCUGGAAACGGACCUACACACAAGGAGAAGGUCAUUGAACGUCUGAUGUCCCCACGUCGCAGUGGAGGAGGACGCGCUUUGGGUCACACCAUCAAUGAGGACGACGACGAGGAUGCAGCUCUUAACAACCUGGCUUUGGAGCAGGAUGACAACAGUCCCACCGUACGGGUGAAACUCUGUCUGCGCAACAAUCACGAACACUGCGGCGACUACACGGAUGCUGAGAUUGCGUCGUCCGUAUCAUCGCCGCUGCAAAGGCGAAAAUCUUUGGCCCUCGAGCAUUCGAUGGAUCUGGCCCUCAGCAUGGAGGACCAAAAGGCAGCUCUCUAUGCCACACAAAAUGGCUAUAGUUAUCAUCCGGGUAGCGGGGUUGUUGGCGUUGGUGUCGGCGGUGGUGUUGUUGGUGUCGGCGGUGGUGUUGGCACCCUCGGUGGUGGCGGUGUUGUUGGUGUCACAGGCAUACCCGGUUUGACAGGACACACGUUGCCAGGAAAUGAAUGGGUCAACAUGGGAUACAUGGAGAACAAUUAUUCGAACUCGAACAAUGGCGGCAGUGUCAACUCACAGGACUCGCUCUGGCAGGUGAAAAUGUCUGCAGCUGCAGUGGGCAACCAACAGACCCUCGUCCAGGCACCACACAAUCAAUAUGUGGAACAGCAACCCACCUAUGGCUAUGAUCCACUCACGCAUGGAGGCUAUGGGGCCGUCGACGAUUAUGCACCUUAUCCACACUUGACGGCCACGCCCAGCCAGGUGGGCGAUGAAUAUCACAAUUUGCGCAACAGUCAAAAUCCGUCCCGGCAGGAUUACUGCAGUGAUCCCUAUGCAUCUGUACAGAAGCCCAAGAAACGUGUCGAUCAGCAUUUAGAUUCACCAUAUCACGACGUAAGCGGCCUGCCGAACCCAUACAACAUGGAGCACAUGGAACAGGACGAGGUGCUGCCCCCCCAACAGCACAUGUCCCUCAGCUACGAUGACAGUUUCGAGGGUGAAUAUUCUACAACGCCGAAUGCCCGAAAUCGUCGUGUCAUACGCGAAAUUAUUGUCUAAGGAGUAAAUUCACUACACUAAAACAACAACAACAAAAAUAACAACAACAAAAAAGAGAAGAUGAAGAAGAACAGGCACUCCAUUUAUAUAUCUCUCACAUACACAAAAACACACACAUUCUCAUCAUUAUCAUUAUUGUCAUCCACAAGCAAAAUCUCAAUUCUUACUUAAUUUUUACUCAAUUUGAGAAGUGGCCAUUUUUGAAUAUAUAUUUUUUUAUUAAAAUAAUAUUUGUUGUUAUAAGUAUGAAGUAUGAUAACGAUACAGAUAACGUUAACAUAGUUUAGUUGAGGGUACGUGUGUUGAGUUUUAUUGGCAACGAAUUGAUAUACGAUACGAUAAUUAAGCAUCGACUUCUCACAACAUUAUCAACCAGCUCUAGUUAAGGCCGUCACUUUGUUGACCCACACAUACACCUACACACACUAACACACAUAUGCACUAAAUGUUAAAUACGAGCUAAUCACUCUUUAUAUAGGGCAGUUAAGUUCUACGUACAGUAACACUUAUGCUAUGAGGUCCCAGUCGCAUGCAUUCGCAAAAACAAACGAAAUGUAACUUUAAGGCAUAACAAGUUGAAAUGAGCAAAA